AUGGACACAGAGAGGAAGAAAGAUAAAAUAGAAGAGGCCGGAGAAAAGACGGGCGCGAAGACGAAGGGGAGUGGAGCGGAAGGGAAGGGCACACCUAACAGAAGACCUAGAUCCAUGAAACCACAGGCAAUAGCGGUUAGGUUUGGCAAGGAAAUGACAUUCGCUGCCAUACUGAAGAGGGUUAAAGGGGCCGCUGGCUCCUCUCCCGAGGGGGUGAAAACCGUCAAACAGACCAGGGCGGGAAAUUUGCUGAUAGAAUUUACUCCCGGGGCUGACCUGGAGAGCUUUAAAAAGAGUAUAGACGGGAAGCUAGGGCCGGAUGUGGAGGUAGCUAGGCUACAGCAAAAAAUAGACGUGGAGCUGAGAGGAAUAGACCCCGCCGCGGAAAAAACGGAUAUUGUAGAGGCACUAAAAAGGGAAAUGGGACAUGAGGCUUUGGACACCAGGAUAAAGGUCCUACGGGUCGAUCCUAGGCAAAACAAGAUUGCUGUAAUCGAGGGCCCCGCGGCCGACAUGACAAAGUUGAUCAGAAAGGGUAAGAUUAAGAUAGGAUGGACUAUUGUCCCGGUGAAAGAGAUCCCGCGUCUCCUUCGCUGUUUCCGCUGCCACGAACUAGGACAUGUGGCUGUCAACUGCAAAAGUAACAAGGAAGGGGAUGGCUUCUGCAGGAAAUGCGGUGAUCGAGGACACCAGAUGAGGGAGUGCAAAAAUGCACCUAGAUGUCGGCUGUGUGUAGCCGAUAAAUUACCGGAGGAGAUGGUCGGACACGUAGCAGCGUCGGUGAGGUGCCACAGGUACAAGGAGGCCCUGAAAGGUAAAAGGCAAAAUUAA